ACGGGUGAGCAGGCACGAGGAACAUGCGCGGUUGGUAUCACUCCGCGUAGCGAUUCACGCAAAGACCCGAAAAAAAAAAGUCAGCUGUGGCUAUUGGGAAAAGUUAAAGGGGGAGUACAGUAAGUCCAAACACUACCAUCGGUUGUAUAUAUUUUUUUUUAAAACAUGUUUUCUGAGUUGUUAACAGUACUGUUUUCUUGUAUUUCACUGGUGACUAUCAUCGCUGGAAGAGUUCUUUGAUAUUUCUGUGGAGAUACCCAUGACUAGAUUUCCUGGUGGAGACAUUGGUGGUCAGUGAACUGCAGAGCCGGAAGCUGGAAUUCAGGUCAAAAUGAUUCUCCGGUCGCGGAGUCCAAAUUGACUUUUGAUUGAAGAGGUAAUGAUGUCACAGCGUCCCUGGUCUAGGAAUUAACUGUGUCACACUUGGAAACCUAGCGCGGAGUAAUCUCUCCCAGACGAUUAGAAUUAGCAUACACUUCAGAAUUUUUGCGCGGGAACAUUUUUAAAGGACCAACCAAUCAGCAGGUAUAGACACUGGUCAAGAUGGCUAACCUGACCGUGCUGGAGGCUAACGCCACGGGGGACAACAAGACCAACUCCACCGCCUGCUGGAAUGACUACUGCAUGGACGAGGAGGCCUACUUCGACUCCCUGGCGGACUACAUCCAGCCGAAACAUUACGAGUGGGUCUUUGUGGUGGUCUACCUCAUCACGUUCGUGGUCGGGCUCGUGGGCAACGCCCUGGUCUGCUUCGCCGUCUGCCGGAACCCCAACAUGCGGACGGUGACCAACGUGUUUAUUGUCAACUUGGCCGUCGGGGACUUUCUGGUCAUCUUGUUCUGCCUGCCGCCGACCCUGCUGCACGAUGUGACGGAGACUUGGUUUCUAGGAUCUAUUACCUGCAAAGCUGUUCUCUUUCUCCAGCCAACAUCAGUGUCCGUCUCGGUACUGACCCUCAGCGCCAUCUCUGUAGAGAGGUGGUGGGCCAUCUGUUACCCGCUUCGCUUCAAGAGCACCCUGCCCAGGGCACGGAAGAUCAUCGUAGUCAUCUGGACCGUGGCUUGCCUGUCGGCCUUGCCGGAGCUGAUCGUGGCAGAGACGUUUCCUUAUGGGUUCCCGAAGCCGUUCAAAUCUAUCUACCUUACAGUAUGCAGACCUUCAUGGGAUACAACGAACCAAGGGAUCUACCACAUCAUCGUGACCGUCGUCUUUUACCUGAUCCCUAUGAUCCUCAUGGCGUUCACCUACAGCCACAUCGCCACGGUCCUGUGGAAACACGAGAUCCCCGGAGACGUGGUCGGCACCAAGACGCAAGGACGCAAGCCCAUGCUGGACGGUAACAAGAACACUCAGGAGGACCAGAUCUUGUCCAGAAGAAAAGCGGCCCGAAUGCUGAUCGCCAUCGUUAUUAUGUUUGCUAUCUGCUACCUUCCAGUCCACAUUCAGAAUGUCAUUAGGUAUUUUGGCGUAAUAGACACCAAACACUCAACGGAGGGUGACGCCCACAUCGUCUACGCCCUGAUCAGUCAUUGGCUGCCCUAUUUCAAUUCAGCUGUCAAUCCAGUCAUCUACAACUUUAUGAGUGCCAAGUUCAGGAAAGAGUUCAAGGCCGCCUGCUUCUGCUGUUUUUAUGGUCUGCGGUCUCGGCCCUUUCGGGCCCGUAGAGAUCAUACCUUUACGAUGACCUUCUCCAAUAGCAACUACAGCAACUGCCACACCGAGGAGGUCACCAUGGCCAGUAUAUGACGUCAGCGGAAAUCGGACGCUGCGGGGAGGAAGAAGGUCAGAGCCCACGGCGUCAAGCCCAACCACCAGCACCCAGCCAAUGUGUAUGGCUGAACCAUAGGAGGAAGGGCACAUCUUGGACCAGUAGCUGAUCUUCAGUAGAGAAUUAUCUAUUUUUACCAUGGGAAUUUCCGUGGUUCUACGAUUUGGAAUUUCCCCAACUAUGGGAAUUCCCCAAUGUCGACAUACAUAGUCCGUUCAGCAAUAUCUACUCUACAAAUGUAUGUGUGACUUGUGUGUCUAUAUCUCUGCUAUUAUUUCAUCCUUUUUAAUAUGAAAUGAAGGCCAACAGUGUAGUCGAUCUGAAUUGCGAAUUCAAAAAUUCGCACAAACUUUGAGAAGACAAAAUUACCUUCAAUGUUAUUAUUAUGACCUAAUGGUUGUAAAACUAAAAGAGGCAAAGAGACAAACUGAAAGAGGCACGGACUCGUAAAACUAAAAGAGGCAAUGACUCGUUAAGUUCAAAGAGGCACGGACUCAUAAAACUAUAUCUUAGUAAAUUGUGCUAAAAUAAUUCUUUGGAAAUAAAACAAUAGUUUUGUAUUUCACAUGGAAUUGUCCUAGGACCUAGAUUAAAGUAAUCUAUGGCCAUAUUACAAGGUCUUCGGGGCUCUCAAAGAUCUUCCUUCAGGGAACAGUACCAUGAAAAAGAAGAAGACACAGACAAAGAAAGACAACAUAAAGGAAUGGACGGGCCUGCCGUUGAAAGAGGUUCUAACUAGGGCAAAGGACAGAGAGGAAUGGAGGAAGACGGUCGACAAGUCUUACAUGGUGCCCCAACGGUCCAACAGAUUAAGGGACAGGUAGAGAUAAAAUAAAUAGUAAAUAUAAGUUUGUGACUACAACAUAUAUAGCUCCUCCUUCGUGAUCGAAGAUGACUGUAAAGUCCAAUCCUCGCUUUAAAAAGCCGGCCGCAACAAACAAGUUUUUAGCACUACAUUGUAUCGUCCAGACCUUCUCAGAAAAAAUUGUGAACUCACUUUCUUUUUUCUUGACGGAAUAGUAAACUUUUGGUAUCGUGUACAGAACUGGUAUCGAUAUUGGAUUAAUCGUGACACACUGCUUACAUGCUAGAACGUACUGCAGGAGUCUUGGUCUUGGCACGAAGCCUCAGAGUAUUGAGAAUGGCCAGUAAGAAACGAAGUAGCAAAGCUCGCAAAUAAAAUAAAAAUCAUCUUCCUAGAUUCACAAUUAAAGCCAUUUUGUAAUACUCUAUUCUAAUACUAAAACAUUGCUUACAACACAAUGUGAUAAUUGCAGUGAUAUUAUUUCCAUGAGAUCGACUUCUUGUAAUCUUAAUCCAACAUGUGGAUGAACGUAUUUUCAAGUACUAUCAAGUUAUAUGGCUCUAAAUGGACCAAUCAAAUUAUGGGAGCUAUCGAAAAAAGAUAUAAGACAACAAAUAAUUGGUCAUUUGCUUGACCUAUGAUCAGGGUGGUCAUCUUACAUCAUUAGGUUUGUUUACCAUAGUGACGACCUUGUAACUUGACUUGUUUGUGCAAAAGUGAACUCUUUGCUCUAUGAUGCUAGUAUUACUACGGUGUUGCCACUGCAGGUGGUCAGAGGAAACAGUCGCGCACAUCUUAUAUGAGUGCCCCCCCCCCUUUUCCUAUUGCAAUAGCUUAUGAGGGGGAAGAUUUUGUCCCUAAACCUUCAUGGACGCUACGUGGCGCUACGCCGUACAUCAGAUUCUUGACUCCAGUUGGAGUUGAUCUAUGGCAUGAUACUUUCCAAGAGUAUUUGUUUUGUAAUCACCAUGGAUACCAGCGUUGUUAUUUGACUUUAACAUUAAUGAAUAUGGAAACAAAACAGUGUGCACAGUAACACGUUAUUUCCAAGGCUCAUGAGACCUAACUACAACUGCAGGGUCGGCCUUAGGCGAUUGGAGGCCCUAGACAAAGUGAAUUGGGUAGCCCCCAUUGAAAUAGUAAAACAAGAUAAACAAAAUAUCAAAGCCGAAAAAUACGCAAUGAAUUAAAACCCUUCCUGCAUUAUAUCUUUAUCAACAAAUAUAACACUGUUAAAAGAAUGGGCUUCAUGCACGAUUCAUGAUCACUAGACCAGAAAUAACGUUUCCACAUUUCACCUGAAGGCAGAAACAAUGGUCUUGUUAUUAUCUUCUAACAUAUGUAGUCUAACAGGUAGAUCUAAACAUUCGUGGAUACACACUGAAUCAUAGAAUACUUAUUUCUUGGUUAGUAGAGUUUUGCUAUGUUUGAGAUUUGAUCAUUGUUUAAGCAAUUUUUUUUCUCUUUAAAGCAAAAAUAUUUUAGUCCUAUGUGAGACCCCCCCACCACCAAUCUGAGGGCCUAGUUUGCCUAUGCCUAAGGCCGGCCCUGUCAACUACAACAAUAUGUUGAGAUCUUUACGUCACCUAAUACUCAUGCCCAAUGACAGAGAAAUGUCUCAUCAUAGAGCUCAGUGAAUCAAUUUAGCAUGCAAAUAUUUUCACCGAGGCUACGUUUCGUUAUAGCUGUUGUGUAUUCUAGUCCAUGUUUUUUAAUGUUUACACACCCUAAACCUUACAUCGGAAUACAAACCUAUUACAGAAUGAGGGUAAAUGUCUCGCUACGUUCGGUAUGUUCCGGAGAUAUUCAAAAAAAUGUCAUUACAUUGAGACUAGCGACUGUUAUUAUAAAUAAUUGAAGAGCCACCUACUGUGAUGCUAUUAUAUGUUCUUUUUAUUUUCUUGAACUAUGUGCAAUAGUAUUUAUAUUAUGUAUAUUGUUAUGGUUUACCAUCGCAUUUGGCAUCAUACCACCACCACAAUAUAGUCUACUGCUCAUACGUGUACAGUCUCGAGACUUUGUGGUAUGAGUCCAGGACUUUCUGUGAUGAACUCAUGUCGCUUGUGAUGCAGGCUUAACUUAUGACAACGUGACUCUGGGACUUAGUGUUAUUCGUCACGCCAAGUGAGGACUUGCUUUCUUAUGUAAAUACCUCACCCUAGAGCUCAUGUUUAUGUAUAGAUUAGUCACGUGGUUAUUCCUUUAGACGUCUGCUAAAAAAAAGAAUUAUAAAUGAAGCUGAAACGCAUUGAUAACGGUCAAAACUUCAGGAAUAAAUUGAGCCCACAUGUUUGAAACACACAAAAAACUCGGAAUUUCCUGAUUUUAUUUUUUGCAAAAGUUUUGAUAGUCUGACAAAAUAAAAACAGAAAUAAAGGAUGGCUGUUUCAUUAAACACAUUUAAAAAAAAAUCAUUUUAGUUUGCAAAUCUUAUUAGUGAGCCUACACGAGAAAAUGGAAAAUCUUUUUUUUUUAUGAAUGAGCAAAUAGAAAAUAGUUUUAGCAAAUGUGAAAUAGAAUUUUAAUUUCUAAAACUUGGAAGAAUUGAAGGCAUUUUUGAGUAGAUAGAUGAACUUUUUAGAAUAAAGGAUGCUAGAAAUCCCCUAUACUGCAUUGCUAAAUAUUAGUCUUCCAAACACAUUGCGAAAAAAAAAAGCAAAUUAUAAAAAAAAAUACUUUAAAAAAAACGAAGAUUAUCUAAGAGGAAGAACCGCACAAUCACUUCCAAAUAUUUCAAUGCUACAAGAUUUAACUUCCUUUUCUAAAUAAAAUAAAAUUAAUUUAUUACCAUUAUUUGAUUAACUAAUUGUAAUUUUUUUAUUGAUUCAAGUAUGGUCACCGACCAAGAAUAAUUGUGUGAAAUUUCAACAUUAUCUGAGAAUUGGAAAUGGGAGAAAAAACGUGUCUAAAAUAUGUACCAGACCGAGAGAGUCAAUGUAAGCUUUGUAAAGAAAUGCAUAUUUCGAGAUUGUUGGAGACUCUAUAAAACAGUUUAAAGGUGUUUAAACUUUUAAAUAGGCUUGUGAUGCGGGGAAUCCCAAUUCAAUUAUUUUCUAUUUUUUAGAGUAUUUUAGAUUUUAGACACUUUAGUGAAAUCAUUCUCCAAUGGCUGCAAACGUGAAACGAAAUUUCUUCGUUCACUAGAUCUCUAUUUUUUUCAUUUUUUUAGACUUGCGCCUGUGCAAUAAGGAAAGAAAAACCUAAUAGAAAAUUAUUCUAUGACAUGGUCACGUGAUCUGCACUGUUGAUACCGACAAGAUGGCGGAAUAAAAACUUGCUAGAAUUAGUAACAGUGCUACAAUUAAUUUUUUUGUUAUGUCUUGCUGUUGAGGUUUGAGACCUACAAAGCAGCGGCAUGUCACGUUAUGUGUAAUAGGAUCCACUUGAAUAGUACCACUCGUUUGACCAUAUAGCAGAUGAACCAUUAGAUACUAUACUUGUGGUUGCAUUGCAGGGUUUACGUUUCAGGUUUAGUUAAAAUUUAAACGAAAAUUUCUUAAGCUUCAAAAUGAAUUCUCAGAGACUAAAAUAAAACUGAAACAUUUGGCUAACGCAAUUAUCUCAUAUAAUUCAUUACACAUUAUUCAUACACACGUUCCCCAAUUUUUUUUUUUAUGCAUUUAUUGGGUUAUCUUUUCAUUAUUACCGAUACACACAUCCCGCUCACUUCCCACAGUUCAACCCGUUACUAGCUGUUUGCUUUUUUUUUUUUUUUUUACCAUGGUAACCCAUUGUUAAUGACUUUUUAACUUUAUUAAUAGACUUAGUAAUUAGUAUUAAAAAAUGUGAUAUUUUCAAUGGCUAUAAAAAUGUGAUAUAUUUAGUGGCCAUGCACAAUAAUCAGCUUUAACGACUCUGGGUAGUUCUGUUCUUGUAUUUGCAAUCUUCAAUACUUGUCAAGGACGUGGAUGACCUCACAAAUGAUUUUAAUGUGUUUUUUUUUCUAAUUCAUGUACAUGUGCUAUUGUGUGUGUGUGUUUAUGUAUAUAUAUCUUCGUCUUAUUUCCUAGUUGAAGUCCAUCCCAAUCGACUUUUUAGUAGGUUGUAAAAAAAAAACAACUCUUCGAACAGAAAUCUUAGCUUUCUAUUCUUUUAGUUCUAUCAUUGUAUAAUGUUCAAUUGACCAUUUAUUUACCUAUAUUUUUCCAACUAUCACUCAAUGAGCAAAUACACUCCUGCUAAUGAAAAAAAACAAUUCAAGCAAUCAUAUGAAUAUGAAAAAAAUAUAUAAUCCACCAAUCAAUCAAUAUUAAUCAACCACUCACACAUUAUAUUGAAAGCAUUUUUAAGUAAAUAGAAAACCUUUUAAGUACCUAGGAUUAAUAAAUCAAUCAAAUAAUUAUGUCUUACAAAGUAUCAAUCAAUCAUUCAAUCAAUUGUUAUGUUUAUAGAAAGAAUCACUCAAUCAAUUAAUCAAUAUUUGUGAAUGAAUCAAUCAAUAAUGAUAAUCUUUAAGAAUGUAUCAAUUUAUCAAUAUUCUGUUUUUAGAAGAAUAAACAAUCAACCAGUCAAUCGUUAUAUUUUCAAAAGUAUUAAUCAGUCGACACAUAUAGACCUUCAAUCAAUGACUUAUUCUAAUCUAUCAUUCUAUCAGUCAAUCCUUAUGUCAUCUCAUAGCCUUAGAACUGACCUAAUCAACACAACACUUUUUAGAAGCGGGACAAAAUAUAGAUAGAUAGAUAGAUAGAUAGAUAGAUAGAUAGAUAGAUAGAUAGAUAGAUAGAUAGAUAGAUAGAUAGAUAAAUAGAUAGAUAGAUAGAUAGAUAGAGAAAUAGAGAAAUAGAUAAAGAUAUAGAUAUUUGCCCAUCACUGGACCAAGUCAAUUGUGUACAUGUAGUUGACUAUUUCCAUUCACUGAUGACCGUAUUUCUAACAGAACAACAAGCAUUUUUUAUUUCAAAUUCAAGGGUCAAUACUCAAGUGACCACAUUUAUGCGAACUCCUUAUAUGUCUUUUAAAGACCCAACCCUUGCGUGUAGAGUCAGUGGCACUUACAGUUUGGAUAGAUCACUGACAGCUUACCGUCUGCCCAUUUCAGACAGGAAAUGGAGAGUUAAUGUAAGGGGAGAGUACGUUGGUGACUUGAAAGUCAUCUUCCUUGUUCCGCCAUAUAAUUUUUGCAUUCGCCAUUUUUACUGCUUUAGAAUAUUAGACUCGAUUGUUGCUAGAAUUUGUGAGUGGAAAUUUACAUUUUACCAAAACAAAAACAAGACUAUUAUAACAAUCUAAACAUUAACCGUUAAUUAUUUUUAGGGCUCCAAUAUACUAAUACUAUGGCGAAUAUCUUUUGAGUCCGAGGAUAAAGGAAAAAUACAUGUACUUCACGUGCUUAGGUAGACCCAGUUUGACCUAGAUAUUUUGACACUAUAGACGCAGAGAAAGCCAUUGUCUGCACUGAGUUUAGUUAAGUUCAUUUUUAGUUUCGUCUGCCCAUUACAUAAAUUUUAAGAAAACAAAAAGUAUAACUAUGUUUGAAUUUAAUAUCCCCAUUGUCUUUCUAUCCUUUACAAAACUAUUCUAGCACUCACCCUACCCAGCAUUCCACCACCUAGUAUCUUUUUUUUUGUUGUAGAGCAAAUUCGGUUUAACAUUUAUUUAAAAAAAAACAUUUCAAGAACAGAAAGUUUUUCAACAAGAUUACAAAGACAGUUGGUGUGAAACACAAACUCAAAAUCGGCCCCCCUAAGUGGUCUACCCAGGCAGGUAAAAAGGCAGUUUUCAAUAUUUUCGGAAUGAAUAUCAGAGUGAAAUUAUAUCCAAGGCAAAUGCCAGUGAUGAUGUUCUACGAUCUACAUUCGAAACUCUCCGUUAGAUAAGAUCUACAGUCUCUACACAGUUCUUUACAGAAGUCUAUUACUUUUACGUAAUGUAUGGCAUUUAGUUCUCUUACGAUGGCCCUUGACUGGCUCUAAGGAUAAGAAAUCAAGAGUUUUGUGUUGUUAUUGUUUUUUUUCUGGUAAUUUGCUUUUUUUUUCUAUCUUUAACAUCUCGACUAAGAAUUAGCAACAAUUUUAAGAAAAUCCUAACACAGGCUUUAUAUAUAUAUAUAUAUAUAUAUAUAUAUAUAUAUAUGAGACAUUGAUAAAUAAAUAAUGAAUUAAUUUACUGCAUAAAAAUUUCUAGAAAUACACACAUACAAACACACAUAUACUCAUACAUAUGCACAAACGCAUAGCUACACAGUAUAUUUUGAGCUUCACAUUUUCCAUUCGCGAUUUUACAAAGAUGUCUGGUCACAUUCUUUUUAAAAAAAAUAAUGGCAUUAUUCGCAGUGGCGUAGCUAGCGUGGAGGGGGACUAUUUGAAAAUCCCCCUGGCCCCCACUUGAGGCCAAAUGAGUGUUUUUUACAUUGAAUAUUACAUUUUACGCAAAAUGCAGGGCCCCCAUAGAGGUCUACCCCCCCCCCACGGGCCCACAAAUGAUGGCAAAUUCUUAGCUACGCCCCUGAUUAUUCACAACACUGUUUUAAGGAGCCAAAAGCAACUUUACAUGUUUUUUGUUGUUGUUUUUUUUACCGACAAAACUUUAAAUUUCACAGUGUUAAGGUUAAAUAUUACAAAGGGGUGUCCACUUAGAGUGCACUUUCAUUCUAUGACAGUAGCUCCUCAUUUACGACUUUGCUUGAACCCUAAAAAUUGUCUUUUUUUUUUUUUUUGGGGGGGGGGGUUACUAAAAUAUGCAUAUCAAAUAUUUUUUUUAAAACGAAGGACAAUGAAAUUAAUUAUAAAAUUUUAAAAAUACUACCUUUCUUUUAUACUAUGGCAUGCUUUUAGAUAUUAGUAUUUUUUUAAACAAGUGACGUUUUAUUAAAGCUUUCAAAAAAGUGUAGGGGCCGCCACCAAAAUUCUGCCCUGGGACUUCCACAUACAUAAAGCCGGCACUGUCAGGAAGCUAUGGGCUGGCGAAGUUAUGGCGAGUGUCUUUGUUUUAGGCUUUAAGUUUCGCCUCUAAGUUGCACCCCUUUGUGCAAAGUGAAAUGGUGCAUCGCGGCGUGAAUGCUUUCGAUAGCUCUGAGAACGCAAGGAAGGACUCGGUUAUUGUCUGCUAGCAUUGAUUCUUGUUGUUAAUGUUGUUAACUCGAGUGUGAAGUUUAAUUCUGAAAUUAUAGACGCCAAACCCGAAUAAUGCACUAUUCUAGCAUUAUUAAGAAUAACUUUUGGAUCUGUUAUACUCGAUUCUGUAAAUUUUGCUUCAAGGUGUAAUUAGUGUAGCCAUAAAAUACUCGCCAUUUAGAUCUAUUAUUAGUAAAGGUAACAAGAUACCUGGAAUUCGCUGUAUAUCAUGCAGUUUUAUUCGUGGCAACAAAGUUGAAAAUGUAAAACUUACUUUAAAAAAAACAACUUUGAUCUCUGUGGGAAAAAAUAUUUUUAAAAUGUCAACAAAGUCAACGUACUGAUAGACCUAGAUCUAGGUUUAGUUUUUGUUAUUAAUUUAAUCCAUAAAUGUUGAAAAAAAAAAUCACCCUUUGACACUAUUUGUCAAUCAAAUUAAAUCCAAUAUAUUAAUUUAUGUAUUUACAACUAAAUUUCGGACACCCAGGUGGGGGCCCGGCGGGAUCUUAAUAUUCUCCCCCCUCCCCUCCCCCCUUAGGUACGUCACUGUUAGAAAGGACUCAAUUAGUUCUCUUUCUGUCUUUUUAUUUAUCCAACUAAGGAAUCAAUCCGAUGACAUUCGGCGUAGAGUUAAUCUAGUACUAACUAUGUUAGAAUGUUUUGUUUUCUUGUGUGUAUGCAUAUUUCAACCAUGAACUCAAUAAAAUGAAAAACUAA